AUGACACUCAGCAAGCUCCCUCUGGCUGUUUCAGCCUCAGCGGGACUUGUCGUCGCCUUGGUGGCAGCCACAGGAGCUCAAGGACGAGAUGUGCAUAUUGCCACGACCUCAUUUCCUCGCGAUGUCACCAAUCCAAAGGACGAUAACGUCUUUCAAUAUCUCUCCCCUCAACUCACUCACCAAGCUCUGAUUGGUAUCAUCUACAUAUCCUUCUGGCUAGGGGCGACGGGCUGGGACAUUGUCUCCACAAUGACAUUCGAUCUUAGAGUCGUCAGAGAGACGCGAUACAAGAGCUUCUUCUCGGUCGUCAACUCCCUUGCCUAUCUCAUCUCACGAUACUUUACCUUCAUCUGGCUGCUCAGAAGUCUACUCGAUGCCAUCUCCGCUAUCGAUGACUGUCACAGUCAUUACGAAGUGUCCGCCGUGCUGUACGGCUUCGUCGUAGUAAGCACCUACAUUGUCUUUGCAUUAAGGACAGCCAAUGUCUGGCAGAUGAAGCCAGUCAUCGUGAUACCCCUCUUCGCAGUAGUGGCAGGCAUCUGCGGAACUUCCGUUGCCCUCGGUCACGAUAUGCAAGUGACUCGAAUCGGCACCAGUCCCUUCUGCUCUUACAUUCUGAGAGGCGUUCCCUCUUAUGUCCUCUUGUGCUUGUGCGGCUUCUUUGACCUACUCAACUUCACCUUCUUGGGUCUCAAGUUGAGCAAGUCAGGUUUCAAGGGCAUGGUACGAUGCAUGCUACCUCAGAAUCGUCCCAACUACGAUCAUGCCGAGAUCAGGCAGAUGCUCUUGCAGCGUACCGGGGUAUUCACGCUAGUCCAAUUGGGUCUUCUCACCUCCAUUGCGGUCCUCUAUGCUGUAUUCCCCGAUCAGCAGGCCACAUACAAGCUCAUGCAAGUAGGCGCGUUCCACAGUAUCACCUCGAACAUGAAUGCAAGCAUCUUCCGCAAGGCAUGGAGGCUGACGAGGGAGCAGUCUCCUGCGAAUAUCAACGUCCCUCCUGCGUAUCAGUCCAGCUGGCCAAACAGUCCAGGGCUGGGCAUCACGCCUGGCGGGCCCUCCGCUGGCUACGACAUGAGCUCGGCGAGCUCUGUACGCAGGUUCAGUCGAGAGAAGGCUAUGGCGCAGAAGGCGCAAGAUUGGUCGACUGCCUACGUAGAGGGCGAGCUUGUCACUGAUAACGUGGACAAGGAGAAGACGUCUUUAGGGCUCCCAACACAUCAAGGAGACACUACACUCGGCGCGGGACUGGACGACAACAGAAGAUCGGCAAGUGAGGGCGAGGGCCACGGUACAGAUGGCAUCCGCUUCGAUACGGUUCUGAGCCAAACAUCCAGAGGAGGUGCUCUGGGCGAGCCACGCAACGGCAUCGCAACUGAGGCGAUCAAUCCUAGAGGGCCUCUCUCUCGCCUGCCUUCGCAUCACAACCCAGACAGUGUACAGUCACCUCGACGUCCAAGCUCGGGGACAACAAAGACCAUGACCAUUGACAGAAGUGAAGCGGGGCCUCAGACGCGUCCCGGGAGCAGCAGCACCUCUCUGGUUACCCGUGCUCUUGGCCGAUCAGGACCAGGACGAGAGCUUCGAGUCUCAACAUCCGACGGUCUGGGAGCAUCAUCCAAGAGCGGCAAAGAGGUUGACUUGAGAGGCAUUCGACCUCACACAACCCCAUCUCCUCGCGUCGUCUUCGGACCCGUACAGGUUCUCACGCCGUCACCGGGCUCCCCGCGCAAUAUCGCUCGGCUCCAGCAGGAAGGACCUCUCCUGCCACCACUGUCGGCUGCUCUGGCGCAGCUGCUUGAGCCUGCAACCCAAGGAAGCCAUCGUGGCGAUUCAUUUGACGUAGCGGGGCGCUCUGCAAGUGGGGUGGUCGAUCAAGUGUCUCCAAGAUCAGGGCAGCUCGAGAGGGAUCAGGACAGUGGCGAUGCACCACACAGACCAGCUGUCACUGCCUCGGCUUCGCUCAAAGCCGGCAGCCCGAUGCCUCCCGAAUUGGCCGGUAUCGCCCGAAACGUGAACGUCGAUGGCAACGCCGGUAGAGCCGCUCCAGGGACAACUAGCCCCAUCUCUCCCUCACGACCCAAGACCGCUGGCCAGGCUCCUGUCCGAUCUCCCACUGCUCUCUCGCGACCCAGCACUGCACCCGGCCAAGAUCAUCGUUACUCGGGUCUUGAUACUGCCAACCGCUUUGCGGCAUCAACAGCCACAGGCUCUUGGCGAAGGCAGCCAUUCUCUCUUGCUCCUCCAUCGACUGCCUUCCCUGACUUACAAAGAGCUUUUGCGGACACGAUACAGUCUGAUGAACUCAGAAUGGAGAUUGGAGGAUCCUCUACCGACGAUGGCAGGCCAAGAACCAGUCGAGGCGGGCCCGUGGCUCCGUUCGGCAGUCGGGAGCCAGGUGGUAGCGGGACAUGGUACUCGCGAAGACCGUCUUUACCAAUCAUCCCGAGCCGUGAGCCUCCGACAGACGUCGAGCUUCUGGCAGCUGCAGCUCGAGCUGCAAGCGCUCAAGGCCCCUUGUCUCCUACGGAGAAUAGAAUUCUCACUGCACAGAUGGUUCGGCAGCCGUCUUCUGCCAUAGAAGAGGCCUACCGCGAACUCGAGGAAGUGGCGGGUCGACCUUCGCUGAGCGCAUCUUCGGAGGCUAGCGCCUCUACAACUACCACACUCAGUAGCAACCUGAAUGCAUCGCAUCAUACCCAGUCGUAA